AUGUUUGUCCUUUAUCUUCUGUGCUUUCUUGACAGAGCCAACAUUGGCAAUGCCCGCAUCCAGGGACUUCAGACCGACCUAAACCUACAUGGGUACCGAUUCAAUAUGGCUUUGACAAUCUUCUAUGUCGGAUACUUCAUUGUUGAGAUCCCCUCCAAUAUGCUCCUCAAGAUCGUCGGUGCGAAGUACUAUCUUCCAUCCUUGGUGGUCGCCUUUGGAUUUGUCUCAAUGUGCACUGCCUGCUUCUCCCCCGUACCCCCUAUUCUACGAUGGGCAUUCCGCUCGUGGUAUGUCACAAGCUUCUAUCGUCGCUCUGAGCUCCUUCUUCGAAUUGGCUGGUUUGUCAACGGGGCUUGCCUGGCGGGUGCCUUUGGAGGCCUUUUCGCAGCGGGUCUCAGCCAGAUACCACGCUGGGGUGUCGAGAGUACGCCGAUCCAUACAUGGAGAAACAUCUUCUUCUUCGAAGGCAUUCUCACGGUUGUCAUUGGCCUUGUUGUUAUGUAUUUCCUCCCAUCGAGUCCUAUGGAUUGUACGUUUCUCUCUGAGCGUCAUCGAUUUAUCGCUGCUGAGCGCAUCAAUAUCGAAUACAACGACGCGCGGACGAAGGGACAUAGGGUGACGAAGAAGGACGUAUACCGUGGGAUAUUCAACAUCAACAAUGCAAUUUGUGGAUUUUCCUUCAUGUUCGCCAAUGUUGCAGUCCAAUCACUGGCACUCUUCAUGCCGACCAUCCUUGCAGCACUUGGAUAUACAUCCAUCAAAGCACAACUAUAUACCGUCCCAGUUUACACAGUCGCCACAGUGGUCUCGCUGUUCAUGUCCUGGCUGAGUGAUCGCCUACAGAAGCGGGGAGUUUUCAUCUCAGCUGGUGCCCUCCUAGCAAUGACUGGGUACGCAAUAUUGAGCACUGUCAAAAACCCAAACGUUAAGUACGCCGCGGUGUAUAUUGCAGCUAUUGGGAUCUUCUUCAUUGGAACGACGGUUUUAGCUUGGUGUCUCAAUAAUGCAGCAGGAAGCUCCAUCCGGGCAGUGAGCUCAGCUUUUGUGAUCUGCAUGGGGAAUUUCGGGUCCCUAAUCGCAGUUUGGUCGUAUCUUCCUGCAGAUGCUCCAAGAUACAGAAAAGGUCAUUUCAUCAACAUGGGAGCAGAAAUAAUUGUGUGUCUUCUUGGUGUGGUUGGCAUCAUCUACGUCAGGUGGGAGAACAAACAAAGAGAUCAGGGCAAGCGUGACUACCGUUUGCAAGGCCUGACCACUGACGAGGAGCUUGAAAACUUGGGCUAUAGACACCCCAGUUUCAGGUAUAUUGAGUGA